AUGAAUGAGCUACCCGCUACCGCUGAUUACUGCGAAAUAUGUAGAAUUAAUCAUUGCUGUGGUAAGAAACAUAAAUACUCCAAUAAGCAUAAGAAAAAACUAGACAUCCUAUUGGAGAAAUUUCAGCAACAUAUUGCAAGCAUUCGAGAAUUUCUGGUAAAGCCGGUAGUAGAAGAUGGCGAUUACCAGACCAAUUUAACCUUUUGGUGCCAUAUUUGUAGAUCGAGUGUAACUAAAAAUAUCACCAAUGAUCAAGUAACUGUUAUAAAUGGUGGUAGUUUGGAACAUUUGGCAAGUUCAGAACAUUACAAGAAUAUGCAUAAGUUUUGGAUUCGGCAUGGCAUCGACAAUAAUAAGAAAAAGGAGUUUUACAUCUUAAAAGAUGAUUUCUCCAAGUAUAAAGUCACACUAGAUCAGGUAUUGGGGCAAAUGUUCGAUAAACGAGAAGAAGAUACCCUCAAGCUGGCUCAGGAAAUCAAGCAACAGGAGCAAAACAGGACUAGUAUAAGCAAGCUUCAUCAAGAUGUACAACAUCACGCUGUUACGUAUACUACGGUCACUAGCUCUCUUGGUAUUUUACAAAAUCCGACCGGAUGGCAUGAUGGCACUCGAGUUUGGGGUGGUGGCAUUGUAAAAUACAGCCGGCAAUCUGAUCAGUGGUUUCCUUGGCCAAUUGAUCUUGACGAAGAAUCAUGUAAAGUUCCCGUUCCGAUUGACGAUGAAAAUGAAGGCAAUAUUCUAUCUGGAGCUACACCCCCUUGGUUGCUACCGGAUGAGGAUCAAAAACAAGAAAUUGGCCCUUCUCAAGAAGCCUUCCAACAGCAAGUAGCAAACGAGGAGGCUAAAAGAAAAAACCCUAAAAGAAUAGGAGCUAACUAUGAUAGAACAACGACCAUUAAUGAAAACUGGCUUCCACUGUUUGGACAGGUAUGGAAUUCUGGCCCUCGUUCUCAUUCGCGACAUGACUUUAAGCAUCGCAGAAGCACGAUUAAAAUGUUUGCUGAAGCAACUUGCUGUGGUUUAAUUGUUCAAUUCUAUUGGUGUCUUGGGAUUAGAAACUAA